AUGUCAUUGCUUUGCGUUGGAGUGAAGAAAGGCAAGCUGGAUGGACCCCAAGAGAAGUUCAACACGUACGUGACCCUGAAGGUGCAGAAUGUUAAGAGCACCACCAUCGCCGUGCGCGGCAGCCAGCCGUGCUGGGAGCAGGACUUCAUGUUCGAAAUAAGCCGGCUGGACCUGGGCCUGACGGUGGAGGUGUGGAACAAGGGCCUGAUCUGGGACACCAUGGUGGGCACCGUCUGGAUCCCCCUGCGCAGCAUACGCCAAUCCAAUGAGGAGGGCCCAGGUCAGUGGCUGACUCUGGACUCCAACGUGAUCAUGGCUGAAAAUGAGAUCUGUGGAACCAAAGACCCGACCUUCCACAGGCUCCUCCUCGACACCCGCUUUGAACUGCCAUUAGACAUUCCAGAGGAGGAGGCCCGAUACUGGGCCAAGAAGCUGGAACAGCUCAACGCAAUGAGAGACCAAGAUUACGCCUAUCAGGAGGAGCAGGAGCGACCCCUCCACGCGCCAUCGACUCAGUGCUGUAAUUGGAGUCUGUGGGGAGAUCAGCAGAAUGAGGAUCCGGACAGCGCUGUGGACGACCGGGACAGCGACUACCGCAGCGAGACCAGCAACAGCAUCCCGCCCCCUUACUACACCACCUCCCAGCCCAACGCCUCCAUGCACCAGUAUCCCAUGAGGCACCAGCACUACGGCCACUCCUACGGCGACGACGUCCCCGAGCUGGACUACGAUCACAGAACCAUGAGACACUAUGAUAGUUUAGACUCCGCCACCAACGGGCGCAGCGAUAUCGACUCAGGCUCCGGCUCGAGCCGACGCACCAGUCGUCAGUAUUCUCUAGACAGUAGGCACUCGCUGUCCGAUAGCCCCACGGACAGCCGCUACGCCUCGUCGGGCGACCUGAGCCGGGGCAGCUCCCAGCUCAGCGAGGGCUUCGUCCCCGGGGACGGCGAGAGCCUGCGGGGCUCCGAGUUCUACGACGAGAACGACUCCUACCACUCCUGCCACUCCUCCGUCAGCUACGGCAAAGAGGACUCCCCGGGCUGGGAGGGCGAGGACCCCCAGGGCGCCUACAGCGACGAGGGGGGCUACCUCAAAGAUGGCGGCGAGGGGGGCGCCCUGUACGACGAAGAGGAGGGCGAGUACCACUACGAGGACGAGGAGGAGAUCCCGUACGAGGACGAGGAUCUGUACCCCCUGGAUGGCGUGCAAAGUGAAGACCAGGAGCCGCCCUACACCCCGACGCCCCCCACUACUGCUCCCGGCCUGAUUCCCCCCCCCGAAGGCCCGGGGACCACCAGGCCGCCAUUGGAGAAGCAGGCCUCUCUGCACCACCAGCAGCAGCAGGCCGGCGACCAGCUCCAGCCGGUCGCCACGGCGACCGAACCGCCGCCCGUCUCCCAGGACACCCCCUUCCCCUUCCCAUCACUCACAGCCGACCCCACCAGGCCGCCGUUUGCCCCCCUACAGCAGGACCCGCCCGCCAUGGCAACGACGCCGUCCACGAUUCAGGCUCAGGCUCAGAACCAGGACCCAAAGCCCCCAGAGCUGGAGCCCCAAGCCGAGGCGCCCCUGGAGGAGUCCCCCCACUUCGAGCAGCCUCCGGGAAUAGAAACGCCCUCAGCUCCCGUCGAGAAAGCCGAGGAGCCCCCGGUUCCCAGCUUCCCAAAGAGGGAGAUGAUGGAGCCCGGUCCUGCCAGAGCCAAGGCCAACUGGCUCAGACUGUUCAGCCGAGUGCGACUACAGUUACAGGAGGCCAGAGGAGAAAGUGUGGGCAUUGCCUCUCUGCUUUUAUCAGCGGGCAUGGGUGGUGCUCUGUACAGCAUCGACAGCAUGCCAGACCUCAGGAAGAGGAAAGCUAUGCCCCUGGUCAGAGAUCUGUCCUUGGUCCAGAACUCCCGGAAGGCGGGCAUCACUUCAGCUCUGACGUCCAGCACCCUGCAUAACGAAGAACUGAAGAGUCACGUCUACAAGAAGACCCUGCAGGCUCUCAUCUAUCCCAUCUCCUGCACCACCCCGCACAAUUUUGAGGUGUGGACGGCCACCACGCCCACGUACUGCUACGAGUGUGAGGGCCUCCUGUGGGGCAUCGCCCGCCAGGGCAUGCGCUGCACCGAAUGUGGGGUCAAGUGCCACGAGAAGUGCCAGGACCUGCUCAACGCAGACUGCCUGCAAAGAGCAGCAGAGAAGAGCUCCAAACAUGGAGCCGAGGACCGAACCCAGAACAUCAUCAUGGUCCUGAAGGACCGCAUGAAGAUCCGCGAGAGGAACAAACCCGAGAUCUUUGAGCUCAUCCAGGAGGUAUUCUCAGUCCUCAAGGCCACCCACGUCACCCAUAUGAAGCAGAUCAAGCAGAGCGUGCUCGACGGAACAUCAAAAUGGUCGGCCAAGAUCAGCAUCACAGUGCUGUGUGCUCAAGGUCUGCAGGCCAAAGAUAAAACCGGUUCCAGUGAUCCUUACGUAACGGUCCAGGUGGGAAAGACCAAAAAGAGGACCAAGACCAUCUACGGCAACCUCAAUCCAGUCUGGGAGGAGACGUUUAACUUUGAGUGUCACAACUCCUCAGACCGCAUUAAGGUGCGAGUCUGGGACGAGGACGACGACAUUAAGUCUCGGGUGAAGCAGAAGUUCAAACGAGAGUCCGACGACUUCCUGGGGCAAACCAUCAUUGAGGUCCGCACCCUGAGCGGAGAGAUGGACGUCUGGUACAAUCUGGACAAACGAACGGACAAGUCGGCGGUUUCUGGGGCGAUCCGCAUGCACAUUAGUGUGGAGAUCAAAGGAGAAGAGACGGUUGCCCCGUAUCACGUCCAGUACACUUGCCUGCACGAGAACCUCUUCCAUUAUGUGACCGACAUCCAGAAUAACGGCGUGGUCAAGAUCCCCGACGCUAAAGGAGACGAUGCGUGGAAGGUCUACUUUGAGGAGACUCCCCAGGAGAUAGUGGACGAGUUUGCCAUGCGCUACGGCGUGGAGUCCAUUUACCAGGCCAUGACCCACUUUGCCUGCUUGUCGUCUAAGUACAUGUGCCCGGGAGUGCCCGCUGUGAUGAGCACCCUGCUGGCCAACAUCAAUGCCUACUACGCACACACCACCCAGGCCACCAACAACGUGUCUGCCUCCGACCGCUUCGCCGCUUCCAACUUCGGGAAAGAGCGAUUCGUGAAACUUCUAGAUCAGCUGCACAACUCUCUGAGGAUCGACCUGUCCAUGUACCGAAACAACUUUCCAGCCAGCAGUCCUGAAAGGCUCCAGGACCUCAAGUCCACAGUGGACCUUCUCACCAGUAUCACCUUCUUCAGAAUGAAGGUCCAGGAGCUCCAGUCUCCACCCAGAGCCAGUCAGGUAGUGAAGGACUGCGUGAAAGCUUGCCUCAACUCCACCUACGAGUACAUCUUUAAUAACUGCCAUGAGCUCUACAGUCGGGAGUACCAGACAGACCCGGCCAAGCAGGGCGCUGUGCCCCCAGAGGAGCAGGGACCCAGCAUCAAGAACCUGGACUUCUGGUCCAAGCUGAUCACACUCAUCGUCUCCAUCAUAGAGGAGGACAAGAACUCCUACACCCCCUGCCUAAAUCAAUUUCCCCAGGAGCUCAAUGUGGGAAAAAUCAGUGCUGAAGUGAUGUGGAACCUGUUUGCUCAGGAUAUGAAGUAUGCUAUGGAGGAACACGAGAAGAACCGCCUGUGCAAGAGUGCAGACUACAUGAACCUGCACUUCAAGGUGAAGUGGCUGUACAACGAGUACUGCAAAGACCUGCCCUUCUUCAAGAGCAGGGUGCCUGAAUACCCGGCGUGGUUCGAGCCGUUCGUCAUCCAGUGGCUGGACGAGAACGAGGAGGUCUCCCGUGACUUCCUGCACGGCGCGUUGGAAAGAGACAAGAAAGACGGGUUCCAGGUCACGUCAGAACACGCUCUCUUCUCCUGCUCGGUGGUGGACGUGUUUUCCCAGCUCAACCAAAGCUUCGAGAUCAUCAGGAAGUUAGAGUGUCCGGACCCACAGAUCGUGGGGCACUACAUGAAGCGAUUUGCAAAGACCAUCAGCAACGUCCUGCUGUCCUACGCUGAUAUCAUCUCCAAACUCUUUGCCAACUACGUUACGAUGGAGAAAGUGCCCUGUAUCCUGAUCAACAACAUCCAGCAGCUGAGGGUUCAGCUGGAGAAGAUGUUUGAGGCCAUGGGUGGAAAAGACCUGUGUGUGGAGGCCAGCGACUUCCUGAAAGACCUGCAGGUCAAGCUGAACAACGUCAUGGACGACUUGAGCCGGGUCUUCGCGGUCAGUUUCCAGCCUCACAUUGAGGAGAACGUGAAGCAGAUGGGAGACAUCUUGGCUCAAGUGAAGGGAACAUCGAACGUGGGGAAUGCCAGCAGCGUGGCCCAAGAUGCCGACAACGUCCUCCAGCCAAUCAUGGAGUUUUUGGACAGCAACCUGACUCUGUUCGCUAAGAUCUGUGAGAAGACGGUGCUGAAACGCGUGCUGAAGGAGCUGUGGAAGCUGGUGAUGAACACCAUGGAGAAGACCAUCGUCCUGCCGCCCCUCACGGACCAAACGGGGAGGCUGAAGAGUGCUUCUCACAGCGAUGGCACGCAGCUGAUCUUUAACGCUGCCAAAGAGCUCGGGCAGCUGUCCAAGCUGAAGGAGCACAUGGUUCGGGAGGAAGCCAAAGCACUAACACCCAAGCAGUGCGCUGUGAUCGAGCUGGCUCUGGACACCAUCAAGCAAUAUUUCCAUGCUGGCGGGGUGGGUCUGAAGAAGACCUUCCUGGAGAAGAGUCCUGACCUGCAGUCGCUGCACUACGCGCUGUCCCUCUACACACAGGCCACCGACAAGCUCAUAAAGACUUUCGUACAGUCGCAGAACGCACAAGUGUUCGGCGGGAAGGGGGUGAGAUUCACCACUAGUGAGGAUGUUUACCCAGAAAAGGGCUCCGGGGUGGACGACGCCGUGGGAGAGGUGUCCAUCCACGUGGAGAUUUUCACUCAUCCCAACACUGGAGAGCACAAAGUCACCGUUAAAGUGGUGGCUGCCAACGACCUGAGGUGGCAGACGCAGGGGAUUUUCCGCCCGUUCGUGGAGGUCUUCAUCAUCGGGCCUCACCUGAGCGACAAGAAGAGGAAGUACGCCACCAAGUCCAAAAACAACAGCUGGGCCCCCAAAUACAACGAGACCUUUACCUUCACCCUGAGCAGCGAGGUGGGCCCCGAGUGCUACGAGCUGCAGGUGUGUGUGAAGGACUACUGCUUCGCGCGGGAGGACCGCACGGUGGGCAUGGCCGUGCUGCAGCUGAAGGACGUGGCCUCCAAGGGCAGCGUGGCCUGCUGGCUGCCGCUGGGCAAGCGCGUGCACAUGGACGAGACGGGCCUCACCGUGCUGCGCAUCCUGUCCCAGCGGAACAACGACGACGUGGCCAAGGAGUUCGUCAAGCUCAAGUCGGACCAGCGCUCCGCCGAGGAGGGGCGGGGCUAA